AAAGUGCUACCUUGUCUGUUUUAAAUGCACUUAUUACGAAAAACGUAGUGUUGAAGCAAUCCAUUGGUCAUUUUAUUUUUAAUUUUAACCACGAUAUGUGAGAAAAAUUUUUUUCCCUAAGAAUGUGAGCUUGGAUGCACGUUCGGAUUUACUAUGAGCGGGAGACCUCGAACAACAUCCUUCGUUGAAGGUAACAAGCAAACACAAAAACCUGACCUUUCCGGUGAUAAAGUAACAUGUCCUACUCUUUUUGCAAGCAAGGACGGUGGCAAAGUGACAACUGUCAUUGCCACACCUGGACAAGGGCCGGAUCGUCCUCUAGAAGUCAGUUAUACGGAUACUAAAGUCAUAGGAAAUGGAUCAUUUGGUGUUGUGUAUCAAGCUCGUCUGGUGGAAACCGGAGAAUUGGUUGCUAUCAAGAAAGUUUUACAGGACAAACGGUUUAAAAAUCGGGAACUGCAGAUUAUGCGAAAACUUAACCACUGUAAUAUAGUGAAAUUGAAGUAUUUCUUCUAUUCUGGUGGUGAAAAAAAAGAAGAGGUGUAUUUAAACUUGGUUCUUGAAUUUAUACCUGAAACUGUGUACAGAGUUGCAAGACACUAUAGCAAAUCUAAACAAACUAUACCUAUGUCAUAUGUUAAGCUAUAUAUGUACCAGUUAUUUAGAAGUUUAGCUUAUAUUCAUUCUCUCGGAAUUUGUCAUCGCGACAUAAAACCACAAAAUCUCCUCCUGGAUACAGAAACGGGUGUUUUAAAGCUUUGUGAUUUUGGAAGUGCAAAACAUCUUGUGAAAGGUGAACCGAAUGUAUCUUAUAUAUGUUCACGAUAUUAUCGAGCACCGGAGUUAAUAUUUGGUGCCACAGAUUAUACAACAAUGAUAGAUGUAUGGUCAGCAGGAUGUGUGUUAGCCGAACUGAUGUUAGGUCAGCCUAUUUUUCCUGGAGAUAGUGGUGUUGAUCAGUUAGUUGAAAUAAUCAAAGUACUAGGUACUCCAACUAAGGAACAGAUAAGGGAAAUGAAUAGGAAUUAUACUGAAUUCAGAUUUCCUCAAAUUAAAGCACACCCUUGGCAAAAGGUAUUCAGAGCACGCACUUCUCCCGAAGCCAUCGACUUAGUCUCUCGAUUAUUGGAAUAUACUCCUUCGGCCCGCAUAACUCCUUUGCAAGCGUGUGCUCACAAAUUUUUUGAUGAACUGCGUGAACCUGGUACAAGGUUACCUAACAACAGAGAAUUGCCCCCAUUAUUUAACUUUACUGAACAAGAACUGAAAAUUCAGCCAUCUCUGAACUCUAUUUUGAUCCCUCCUUAUUUGCGUAAUAGCCCUUGCUCUGCCACUGGCAGCCACGAGGGAAAUGAGGACUGUGGUGCGAGUGGCAUGGCAGCAGAAGCAUCAAACUCCAUUCCCAUGGCUGGUGCCAGUUCUGAUCCACAGCCGUGCAGCUCUGCCACUGCUUCGGCGUGACAUUUUUUUUCAUAAUUGUUAUUGAUUGACGACAUAGCAAAAUGCCAGUGUGACCUGUAUGUGAAUUGACCUUACAGUCUUGUAGUCCUUGUCUCGAAAACUUCACUCGGGUUUUCGACUUACAGUUCGGCAAGUUUUGUACAUAAAGAGACUUUUUCGUGUUUUUAUUGCCGAUUGACUAAUGUUCCGAAAAAUUAUUAUUGUUAUUAUUUUGGUGCAUUUUCUUUUCUGGUGCUCCAUUGUCGAAGGGCGAAGUUUUUGAGUAUGUAUGGAACUGCUGUAGAGAAUUGUUUGGAACAAUGUGUGUAUGUGAAGCCAUAGACCCAAAAAAUAACAAAAAUAAUAAUAAAAAGAAUUGUAAUUUAAAAUUGUAUUUUCAUGCUUAUAAUUAUUGUAAAGCAUUUCAGCUGUGUCUCCUCGCACAUGCGAGAUGCGCACAGAAAAUAUCGAUGAGAGACUUAAAGUAAAUUGAUUAUUUAAAAAUAUUGCCAGAAACUUUAAUGCUUAUAUAUAUAUAUAUAUAUAUACAUACAUUAUACAUGCAUUUUUGUGUAAUCCAUCCAAUAUCAUUAAAUGCACUACUAUGCCAAUUAUCUACUCAAAUUAGCAUUAUCCGCUUGCAGAAGUUCCAUGAAUAUUUUCAGAAUAUGGAAGAAAAAUUAAUUUUUUUCUUUCACGUUGUAAAAUUGAGUGGAAUUUUGUAAUUUAUGUAAUUAGUGAUGCCAUUGUGUUGGUUUGUUGACAUGCAAAGAUUUUUUCUGCAGUUUUGUUCAGAAAAUACUUCUAGAACUGCAAGAGUGACCUUUCCCUGUUACGUAUAUAAGUUCUGUUAUGUCAAUAAACUGUUUUAAAAUAUUUUUGGUGUUUUUAUGAACUAAUCUGACUAUAUUUCUUACUAUUGAGAAUUAGUUUAUGGCUUGCAAUAUCAUUCAAGAGGAGUUUUAGUACGUUUUUAUGUGUGUGUGCGUAUUCUGUCUUGCUUUUUUGAAUAAAGCUGAACUGUUUUAUCAAAAUGUAUAGUUAGAUAUGAAGAUAAGCCUAUUUUAAUUUCCUACUCUGACUCUGUGUCACUGCUAUCAAAAUGUUUCAAAAUAUGUAUUUUAUGUUGCCUGUACACACUGUAUACUGGCCAAAGAUGUUUUUCAUAGUGCACAUAAUUCAGCUAAAUCUAGGCACAGUCGUGUUGUACAAGUGUGUAUUAGCAUGUGCCAAGAGAUCUGUACAGUUUCCUGCAUGUUUUUAUUCAUUAGUUUUCCUGUUUUAUGUAUUAAAAGCAUUAUUUAAGUACUUAGAAAUGUUACCCUUUUAUCACAGGGCCUAUUACAAAGUGCAUGUAUUAGUCACAUUACAUUACCUUUUAGUAAGUGUGGGUUAUUUCACUAUCUGGACAAAAGAACUUUUGUAAGUACUUAAUUAUGUCUGAAUACACGUUACGAGAGAUUUUAUGUGUUAUUUUAAAACAAAUUGUGCCUGUUGACUCACUAUUUUCAUUGGUAGGGUUAUGCAUAUAAUAAUAUCCAAGAUUAUUAGUUCUCAGUCUUCAUUUUAUUAUUACUUUAAGAGAUUCUUAUUUUUAAAAUACAUUCAUAUUUCUGUGCCAUUAAAUACCAAAAAACAGCAUCACCUUGAUUUAUGUAAAAAUUAUUUGUAAUAUACAUUGCAGACAGAGUAUACAUGUUAUUGUAUUCUUUUGUGUAAUAAAGUUAUGUAAAUUUUCAAGAGCUCGCACUUUGGCACGGCAUUGUUCUGCUCAUUUUAUGCAGUAUUAUUCUAGAAUAAAUGAUAUUUUAUUGGAUUUA